AGCAGAAAGAUGCAGUCAGUAGAAGUCUGGUUACACAGAGCCGGUUUGAGCUUCAGCACUACCGACAGCGGCAGCAUCAGCAGCAGCAUCAGGACCAGCAGCCCCGAUAGAAAUCAUGGUUCUCAUCUGGACUCAGUUUGGCGUGAAGCACAAGAACGUCAAGUGCAAGGUGCGAGUGAUCCACGGCGAGGAAAAUUGGACCUCAGAAGAGGCGCAUGAGGACCCUGAGAUUCCCAGUCCUCCUUCUUCACCAGUGUGUGUGGACCACUAUUCUGUGUUAGGGGUGUCGAGCGACUCAAACGAGGAGGAGAUCAGACGUGCAUACAAGCGCCUGGCACUGCGCUACCAUCCCGACAAAAACCCAGAAGCAGAUGCAGAGGAGAAGUUCAAGCAGAUUGCUCAAGCCUAUGAUGUCCUCACAGACCCUGAGAAGCGCAGCCUCUAUGACCAGCAAGGUUUGUCUAAGGUUCCAAUGUCGUCUGCUAAAGCAGACCCAACCCCAAGUGGACCCAAGGCUGAUGCCCAUGCUUGGCGCAUCUUCUUUAACUUUGAGUUUGAUUCAGAUGAGGACCUAUUCAACCCGUUUCUGAGGAACCCUCAACCACACUUGGGUCGUCAUCAAAGCAACAAGACAGGCCCCCACCCUGGGGGUGUUGCCGAAGUGCAUGAAAUCCAUGUCUCCCUGGAAGACAUUCUGGCAGGUGUAACGAAGAGGGUGAAAGUCACUCGGCUCCGACCCACUGAAAAGAACACACUUCAACCGGAGGAACGAGUGAUCGAUGUUGAGGUGAAGAAAGGAUGGAAGGAAGGCACAAAGAUCACCUUUCCAGGGGAGGGACAUGGGGCAAACGACCUUACGUUUGUGGUCAAAGAGAAGAAGCAUUCUCACUUUAAACGGGAAGGGUCCAACAUCGUCUACACAGCCACAAUAACGCUUAGAGAGGCGUUAUGUGGAUGUACUAUUAGUGUCCCAACCCUGGAUGGACAGACAAAGCCUGUCCCCUGCAGUGAUGUCAUCAAGCCUGGUUCAGUGAGAAGACUAAUUGGGGAGGGGCUUCCCCGAGCAAAGAACUCAGCCCAACGCGGUGACCUGUUGGUCGAGUUCCAAGUGGUGUUUCCUGAGCGUAUUCCACCAUCCAGCAAAGAGAUCAUCAAACACAGCCUUGGACAGUGUUAAUUCAAUUGAACAGAUAUACACAGAUCUAGUGAUGGCUGCAGCAUCAGUAUUUUUGUCUCUGUGAGGCAUAUUGUGUGGACUGUACACACAUGCACACAAAAUAUAUCAGUAUCAAAUGUAGUUAGUCCUUAGAUUUUAGACAUACACUUACAUUGCACACGAGACCUAUAGUCAGAAGACAUACAGGUACACAAAAACACUGAUACACACAGGUGCUACUCUGUAUUAACACACAUCCUGUAUGUAGCAGGAGGUGACAUUCUAUGGGAGAGGGUUUGAUGGGCUGCUAUAGGAAAUUGUUGUUCCUAUGAUGACCAUCUGAACUCACUCUAAACAAUGACAAAUUUGUACUUGUGUACAGAAUCGUCAAUUAAUUAGUCUCUAUGAGAGAACCUGUGUCAUGUUUCAAUGAAUUAUUUAUAAAGAAUAAUUAUAUAAAGAUUUCAUUGUGCUCUCUGAACUGGCAUGUUGUCUAAGACUGAAAAGCAUGUUUUUUUUGUACAAAUAAAGACUUUAUUAAAUAAA